AUGGGCAACCACACCACAGUCAGGACUUUCCUUCUGUGGGGCUUUUCCAGUUUCCCAGACCUCCAAGUCCUCCUCUUUGUGCUGGUCUUCUUCUCCCAUGUCACCAUCCUGACUGCUAAUGCAUCCAUCAUGGCGGCCAUCAAGCUCAGCCACAACCUGCACACACCCAUGUACUUUUUCCUCUGUGGGCUGUCCUUUUCAGAAACCUGCACCACCAUGGUGGGCAUUCCUCGAAUGUUGGUGGACUUGCUCUCACACAGCAAGACCAUCCCUCUUCCUGAGUGCGCCACACAGAUGUUUUUCUUUUUUGGCUUCUCAGGAAAUAAUUGCUUCAUCAUGGCUGCCAUGUCCUAUGACCGGUACACGGCCAUUCACAAUCCAUUGCACUAUGCCCUCCGGAUGACCCCUAAAGUCUGCUUUCUGCUCAUGCUGGCCUCUUGGAUAGUUGGGUUCCUGGUCUCUCUGUGUGUCGUCAUCACUAUCUUCAACCUGUCUUUCUGUAACUCCAACAUCAUCCAGCACUACUUCUGUGAUAUCACUCCUAUUGUCUCCCUUGCUUGUGAUUACAAUUCCUAUCAUGAAGUGACUAUUUUUAUACUUUCUGCCUUUGUGCUGGUGGGAAGCUUUAUUUUAAUCAUGGUCUCUUAUGUCUUCAUUGGGUUUAUAGUUAUGAAGAUGCCCUCUGCCAAGGGAAGGUAUAAGGCUUUCUCAACGUGUUCCUCCCACCUGACUGUGGUGUGCAUACACUAUGGAUUUGCUGGGUUUGUGUACUUGAGACCUAAGAACAGUGAUUCAUUUGGUGCAGACAUGCUGAUGGCAGUGAUUUAUACAGUGCUGACACCUUUGCUUAAUCCCAUUGUUUACAGUUUAAGGAAUAAAGAAAUGCAGAUAGCCCUAAGGAAGGUAGUAGAAAAUGCAAAUAAGUUUAUCCUCAGAUAGCAAAUAGGAGAACCUGAACAUUUGAAAAGUUUAGAGAGUGCUGACAGGUAAAAUUUGAAUGUAGAUUAUCUUUUACAAAAGUCACUACA